GGUCAUUAUUUUGAAUGCGCCUGUGACGUCAUCACUGUGCGCGCUGCUGCGCUGGGAGGGAGGAGGUGGCGGAUGCCUCUUCGAAACAGAGCGCUGUCGUUUACCUAGGACUUGGUUUUCCUCUCACACUGCUAAAAAGCAGCUGUCGGGAUGCCAAAGAAGUUCCAGGGUGAGAACUCCAAGGCGGUCACUGCCAGAGCCCGCAAGGCUGAAGCCAAGGCAGUGGCCGAUGCCCAGAAGAAGAAGGCAGAAGAGGACGCCCUCUGGCAAGAAACAGACAAACAUGUACUGAAAAAAGGGCAGAGAAAGGAUGACAAGGAGAAGAAGCGGUUGGAGCUUCUCGAGAGGAAAAAGGAAAACCAGCGGCUCCUUGAUGAGGAGAUGGCCAGGAUAAAAGGAAAAGCUCAGAAGGAGGCGGGAUCUGGUGGAAAAGUGACCCGUGCCGAAAUUCAGGAGAUGCUUCAAAAUGAGCAGCAACAGCUGGAGACCAAGCCAAAAGAGAAAAGCCACCUGGAGACGCCUCUGGAGGAGAAUAUUAACAGAGUCAUAGCUGAAGAAGGAGCUGAGGAAGCCCGGACAAUAGAAGACGCCAUUGCUGUGCUCAGCACGGGGCCGGAGGACCUGGACCGUCAUCCGGAGCGCAGGAUGAAAGCAGCGUUUACUGCCUUUGAGGAAGCAAACAUGCCCCGGCUAAAAAUGGAGAACCCCAACAUGAGGCUGUCGCAGUUAAAGCAGCAGCUGAAAAAGGAGUGGGCUAAAUCCCCCGAGAACCCUCUGAACCAACGUUUUUCCUCCUACAACUCAAAGUGAAUUUGUUUUUCCUUUUUUUUUUCACAAUGUCGCUUACAAUCACUGCUUAGGCAAUUUAGAGACUUUGAUUGGAAAACUAAUAAUUCGACUUAACAAAAACCAGUGUCGCUGAGGAGAGCUUCAUCAGCAAGCACCCAGUAACAUCUUCUCCUGUGCCAGAGGACUUGACUCUCCUUGUUUCAUUUAGUAGUAAGGAAAAACUGAUUUUCUUCCUCCAAAAUAACAAGUGUUUAUCAUGUUUGUGCACAUGGCCUCCAAUGAGGCAACUCAGCAUCUCAUGAAUUAAAGUACUUUUUUUUUUUAGUCCUUCUGGGAAGGAGGGAAGCCAGAUAUUUGGGAAUAACUUAUUAAAGUUCACGGCUGAAUCAUCAA